CGGCAGGGUUCGGGAGGGGGGGCGCGGAAAAGCUCGGGAGGGGACUCGAUCGAGGGCCAGAAACCGACCAGGACAGAGGGCCAGGACCCGCGCGCAGCCUCUCACCCCUCCCGACAGGCGCCCCCAUGGCUUGACCCCGCUGAUUCCUUCACUCGGCCAUGCUCCCGCGGCCCCUGCGGCUGCUUUUGGACACGAACCCCCCCGGGGGAGUCGUGCUGAGCAGCUUCCGGAGCCGAGACCCCGAAGAGGGUGGGGACCCAGGUGGCCGGGCCGUGGGCGGGGGGCAGGAGGAAGAGGAUGAGGAAGAAGAAGAGGCUCCUGUGUCUGUCUGGGAUGAGGAGGAGGAUGGCGCCACCUUUACUGUCACAAGCCGCCAGUAUCGGCCUCCUGAUCCCUUGGCCCCCUUGCCUCCCCCGCGUUCCUCCCGACGGCUCCGCGCUGGCACUCUGGAAGCCCUGGUCAGACACCUGUUGGACGCCAGGACGGCAGGGACUGACGUGACUUUCACGCCAGCGUUGCUGGCCACGCACCGGGCCUUCACCUCCACGCCCGCCCUGUUUGGGCUUGUGACUGACAGGCUGGAAGCCCUCGAGCUGCGUGCUCCUGGCGAGCUAGAGAGGACCACAGGGGUAGCCAUCUCCGUUCUUUCAACCUGGCUGGCCUCUCACCCUGAGGAUUUUGGCUCUGAGGUCAAGGGUCAGCUUGACCGGCUUGAGAGCUUCUUGCUUCGGACAGGGUAUGCAGCACGGGAGGGUGUUGGGGGGGACAGUGCUGACCUCAUCCGAAACCUUCGGGCCCGGGUAGAUCCCCGGGCCCCCGACCUUCCUAAGCCCCUGGCCCUUCCUGGCGAUUCCCCUGCUGACCCCACGGAUGUCCUGGUGUUCCUCGCUGACCACUUGGCCGAACAGCUGACCCUGCUAGAUGCGGAGCUGUUUCUCAACGUGAUCCCCUCUCAGUGUUUGGGAGGCCUCUGGGGUCACAGGGACCGGCCAGGACACUCUCACCUCUGCUCAUCUGUCCGAGCUACCGUCACACAGUUCAACAAGGUGGCAGGGGCAGUAGUUAGCUCUGUCCUGGGGGCCACCUCAAUUGGAGAGGGGCCGGGGGAGGUGACCGUGAGGCCCCUCCGACCCCCACAGAGGGCCCGGCUCCUGGAGAAGUGGAUCCGAGUGGCAGAGGAGUGCCGCCUGCUUCGGAACUUCUCCUCAGUCUACGCUGUUGUGUCUGCUCUGCAGUCCAGCCCUAUCCACAGGCUUCGGGCGGCCUGGGGGGAAGCAGCCAGGGACAGCCUCAGAGUCUUCUCCAGCCUGUGCCAGGUUUUCUCAGAGGAAGAUAAUUAUUCCCAGAGCAGGGAGCUCCUCAUGCAGGUGAGGCCAGUCUUGCUUUCCUACCUCUGCACCUGCUCCCUCCUCCCAAUCACCUGGUCUCUGUCACCACCAGGAAGUGAAGCUGCAGCCUCCUGUGGAGCCACACUCCAAGAAGGCACCAAGGGUGUGGUUCCAUAUCUUGGGACCUUCCUGAAGGACCUUGUGAUGCUGCAUGCCGCCUCCAAGGAUGAGCUGGAGAAUGGCUACAUCAAUUUUGACAAGCGGAGGAAGGAGUUUGCUGUCCUUUCCGAGCUGCUACGCCUCCAGAACGAAUGUCGUGGCUAUGACCUCCGACCUGACCCCGAUAUCCAGCAAUGGCUCCAGGGCCUCCAGCCAUUAACUGAAGCUCAGAGUCACCGUGUGUCCUGCGAAGUGGAACCACCUGGUACCAGCGACUCUCCUGCUGCAAGGAUGCUCCGGCCGACACUAGUCAUCUCCCAGUGGACAGAAGUCCUGGGCUCGGUUGGAGGCCCCACUCCUCUGGUGUCCUGGGAUCGGCCCAGUGUUGGGGGAGAUGAGGUCCCUGGAACCCCUGCUCCCCUGCUGACUCGGCUGGCCCAGCACAUGAAGUGGCCGUCCGUCUCCUCUCUGGACUCUGCCCUGGAAAGCAGCCCCUCCCUGCACAGUCCUGCUGACCCCAGCCACCUCUCCCCUCCAGCCUCCUCCCCUAGGCCUUCUCGAGGUCACCGCCGCUCAGCCUCCUGUGGAUCUCCAUUGAGUGGGGGCACAGGAGAAGGGGCCUCUAGGGGUGCUGGAUAUGGGGGAGGAGCAUCUGGACCAGGGUCCUCUGAUUGCCGAAUUAUCCGAGUCCAGAUGGAGCUGGGGGAAGAUGGCAGCAUCUACAAGAGCAUCUUGGUGACAAGCCAGGACAAGGCCCCAAGUGUCAUUAGUCGUGUCCUUAAGAAGAACAAUCGUGAUUCUGCAGUGGCUUCAGAGUUUGAGCUGGUGCAGCUGCUGCCAGGGGAGCGAGAGCUCGCCAUCCCACACUCGGCUAACGUCUUCUACGCUAUGGACGGUGCAUCUCACGAUUUCGUCCUGCGGCAGCGCAGAAGGUCCUCCGCUGCCACACCGGGCUCCCACGCCGGCCCCUCUGCCUCAGGGACUCCCCCAAGCGAGGGAGGAGGGGGCUCCUUUCCCAGGAUUAAGGCCACAGGGAGGAAGAUUGCGCGGGCCCUGUUCUGAGGAGGAUGUCCCGUUGGUUUACAGAAGUCAUAGCGCUUGCACCAGGUGUGAGCAGCCACCAAUGGCGGCCAUUACACCAGGGCGGAAAUCCCGAAAGGUGGCCAGCAGCCCUGGGACAGUGAAGUGCACUUGUUUACCAAACCACCUCAAAAGCCAGCCCCAUGGGACUGGUGACCAUAUAACCAAAUUGGGUCCCUGCACAUGGCGUCCACCCGAGGAAUGUGGCAUACUGUCAGUGCUGGGGAGAGUACACUCCUGCCACGUGCUAGCCUGUGAAGGGCCCAGGAGAGGCCUAGAGGCUGAGCCCAGGGUGGAGGACGAUGACAGGACGUUCUGCUGGGACUUUCUCGUCCCACACUGGGGGUUCUUGUCACUGUGCCAACACUAAGAUAAUAAACCAAACACUACCUGAU